AUCUUAUUGAUGCAAUGAUUGCUUAAAAUAUGCUUAAGCGUAGGAAAUGAUAAGAUAUGGACUUUAGCAUACUUGUUUGACAGAUAUGGCAAAAUUAGGCCACGCGGCAACCCUACUGCCUUUGCUUUUUUUUUUUCUCCUAUUCUUCCAUUCCAUGGACAAUGGUCGGUUCAACUCCAGCAUCUUCCUUUUUUUCUCUCUAAUGAAUGAACUUCAUCAAUAAUAACUUAUAUUCUCUUGCAAGGCAAUAUAUAUACAUAUCUUUCAAUAUAUAUGUAUAUAUGCAAGAGGGUUGAUUGAAUCUAGCAAUCAAAAGUUUCAAGCUUUUUUUGGAAAGCGAAUUAAAAGAAAAAGAUUCACUUCAAGUGGUGAAAAGGAUCGAUCCAAUACUGGGUUUUUUUAAGCUGCUGCUUAUGCUUCAAUAAUGAGCGACAUAAGAUGAUUCCAAGUUCAGAAGAAGCGGGUUCUCCCAUACAAGAAGGCAAAGAAGAUGAAAGCAGCAAUAAGGUGCGUAAAGGUGCAUCGACUUCUUCGCCAUUGUUGAGACUGAAAGAUCCUCGAAUCGUACGUGUUUCGCGAGCCUUUGGUGGAAAAGACAGACACAGUAAAGUUUUCACCGUUAGAGGAUUGAGGGACCGGAGGGUGAGGCUUUCAGUCCCUACUGCAAUUCAAUUGUAUGAUCUUCAAGACAGACUUGGACUUAACCAGCCAAGUAAGGUUGUCGACUGGUUGCUUAAUGAAGCUAAACAUGAAAUUGAGGAACUCCCACCACUCCCAAUACCACAAGGUAACUUUUCCCUUAACCCUCAAAUGCCCCUAAAUGCUUCUCAACAACCAAACAAACAAGAUUCUACGGGAGGGUUUUGUAGAGCUAAAUCCAAAGAUAUUGUGAGGGAAUCAAGCAAAGGGAGCAAAAGAGAUGAAGAAGCAAGUGAAGGUCAUCAAGUUCAAACAGAUUAUGGUUUACAAAGAUCCAAUCACUCUCCUAUGCCAGCACUGUCAAACAAUGCAGUGUCAAUGCCAAUGCCGAUGCCGAUGCCAUAUGGUUCUUAUUAUCAUUUCGAACCUUCCAAUUUUCCUUUACCACAUUUAGGAAGCCAUGGAUUUGUAGCACCCCAGACUGAAGAAGUACACAAUUUCAAUGUUGUGCCAUUGUCAUCCACCUUAUCUCUAUCAUCUGGUUCUCAAAACCAUUUCCAAAUGCUGAGCUCAGGUGCUCAAAACCCUUUUGCUAACCCUCCACAAUACUCAAUCACCCAACCUGAUCUCAGAUCUUUUCAUUUGAGUAUCGCUCCAAGGCUUCUUCCCCAUUCUCUCAACAUCAAUGGAAGUCAGCCUGGUAAAGAAGAUGAGUUUCCUUCUAAAUGACAAGAAAGGAGGAACCCCUUGGCUUGCCUGAGGAUAUAUACAUGAAGAAAAAGGUACUGUUUGAAUCCAUAUAUUUACAUAUAAUUUCAAAGAAAUCCUACUUCCUGGAAGUGAGAAGCAGACAAUUGAGUUUUAUAGGUUUGAUUUCAUUUAACUUUUUUAUUUAUUUGGGUGAUUGGAAAAGAUCAUAUCUUCAUAUAUUUGAAAGCAAAUGUUAAAAAUAAUUGAACUAUAUAUAUGAGCUGUAUGUGUAGUUUGAUAAUAUUGGGAUAUAAUUAACGCCCCAAAGUGUUCAUAUAGUUCUUGAUUUGUUUUUGGGACUGAAUGAUCAAUGAAAUGCCAUAGAAUUAUGUUGAAA